AUGGACGUCAGACAGGUGUUGGAGGGCACCCUGUCGCCAGAUGCGACUAUUCGUCAGAAUGCCGAACAGCAGCUGCUCCACGCGGCUGAGAUCGAUUUUCCUGCCUACCUCACCACUCUUGCCCAGGAGCUUGCGAACGAGGCUUCUCCCCCGCAUGUGCGAACGGCCGCCGGUCUCGCACUGAAAAACUCCCUCACAUACCGGGAUACCGUGCGGUUGCGAGAGGUGCAAGCGAGAUGGAUCCAGCAGGUUCCUCAGCCGGUAAAGAACCAGGUCAAAGAACUUGCGCUGAAGACGUUAGCAUCCAAGGACGGACGGGCCGGCCAGUCUGCCGCCCAAUUCAUUACUGCCAUCGCCACCAUCGAGAUCCCUCGUAAUGAGUGGCCCGAGUUGAUGAGCGUUCUGGUCCAGAAUGUUGGCAGCGGUUCGGAUCACCUGAAAAUGGCCUCUUUGGCCACCCUCGGUUUCAUCUGCGAGUCCAAGGACCCCGAUCUGCGCCCCGCCCUGGCCGCCCACUCGAAUGCCAUCCUGACGGCUGUGGUCCAGGGUGCCAGGCGUGAUGAGCCCAACAAUGAUGUCCGCAAUUCUGCUCUCCAGGCUCUUGCUGAUGCGACCGACUUCAUUGGAUCUAAUAUGGGUAACGAGGGCGAGCGGAAUUACAUCAUGCAGGUGGUCUGCGAAGCCACCCAGGCUGAGGAUACGCGGAUCCAGGCCGGCGCAUUCGGCUGCCUGAACCGGAUCAUGGCGGCCUACUAUGACAAGAUGCGCUUCUACAUGGAGAAGGCCCUGUUCGGCCUCACCAUCAUGGGCAUGAAGAACGAGGAGGAGGACGUAGCCAAGCUUGCCAUCGAAUUCUGGUGUACGGUCUGCGAGGAAGAGAUCACUAUCGAGGACGAUAAUGCUCAGGCGCAGGCUGCCGACUCCUCCCUGCUUACGCCAUUCUUCAACUUUGCCCGCAUUGCCUGUCGCGAGGUGGUCCCGGUGCUGCUGCAGCUCAUGACGAAGCAAGAUGAAGACGCUAGCGAGGAUGAAUACAACGUCUCGCGUGCUGCUUACCAGUGUCUGCAGCUCUACUCCCAAUGUGUCCAGGGCGACAUUAUCCAGCCGGUCCUUACCUUUGUUGAGGAGAAUAUCCGGAGCGAAGACUGGCAUCGUCGGGAUGCUGCUGUGGCUGCGUUUGGUGCCAUCAUGGAUGGACCUGAGGUCGAAGUGCUUGAACCCCUUGUCAAGCAGGCUCUCCCGGUCCUGAUCGGAAUGAUGGAAGACAGCUCGGUCAUUGUUCGGGACUCCACAGCCUUCGCCUUGGGCCGGAUUUGUGAAUUGUGUCCCUCUGCCCUGGACACAAACGUGCACCUGCCGCCUCUGAUCUCGGCCCUUUUCAACGGCCUUGCCAGCACCCCCAAGAUUGCUGGUUCGUGCUGCUGGUCUCUCAUCAGCAUUGCGGAGCAAUUCUCGUCCCAGGACCAGAACCAGACGAAUCCGUUGUCGAAACACUUCCAAGACAGCGUCAAGUCGCUGCUGGCUCUUACUGAGAGACACGACACAGAUAGCCAGCUUCGAACCGCUGCGUAUGAGGUGUUGAACGCGUGGGUUACCAACGCUGCCAACGACAGUCUUCCAAUAGUCGCAACGCUCUCGGACGUUAUCCUCCAACGCCUAGAGCAGACUAUUGCUUUGCAACAGCAGGUCGUCAGCGUUGAAGACCGUAUUGCUCUCGAAGAGAUGCAAUCCAGCUUGACCGUUGUGUUACUG